AUGCCCACCCCCACGCCCGCCGAGGGCGACGCCGCGACGGCCAAGCUCGGCGUCUGGAAACAGGCUCUCUACGAUCGAUGUCGCGAAUCAGGAACGGACAUGUUCUCGCAGGACGAUCUUAUGCGCCUCGAUGUCAUUCCCAACCGUGAUCUCAUGCUGCUGGCCCGCGUCGUCCAGUCGCUUACCGAUGACAAGCUUUUCAUCACCAUGCGCGAGGCCUCGGGCCAAGUGCUAUGGAAAUGGCGCGACUCCCAGGAAGCCCACAAAUACAAGCAAUGUUCGACCGACGAGCAGGUCAUGGUCUACUCCCUCAUCGACGAUUCGGGCGGCGACGGUAUCUGGUCCCAGACGCUCCAGAAGCGCCUCAACAUGCACGACUCGGUCCUCAAGAACGCUCUCAAGCAGCUCCAGACGAAGGGACUUAUUGCGCCAUUCAAGAACGUCGAGCACCCGAACAAGAAGAUGUUCAUCAAGGCCUCCAUACGGCCCAGCGAUCGCGCCACAGGCGGCCCGUGGUAUACCGACCAGAACCUCGACGAGGCCUUCAUUGAAGACCUACAGCGUGUUGUAUUCGAUUUCAUCAAGCGACAGAGUACCUACCACAGCACUCACGGCGGUGGUGUUGCGCGGACGCAGGUCCCCAAGAAGGGUGUUGUCAAAGGUGGCGUAGACAAGGGCAAAAAGCGCGAUGCUAGUCACAUGGAAGAGCCCCCAGCCAAGCUACUCAAGACCUCUUCGACACCUACUGUUAAGAAAGACGCCCUUCUCCCUCUUCCUGCUGGCUACACAGGCUACCCAACUGUCCGAGACAUUGCUCGUCUACUCUCCUCCAGCGGAAUUACCCACAACACCAUCCUCUCCGAACACGAUGUGCAGAAGCUUGUCGACGUUCUAGUUUGGGAUAACCUUGUCGAAUCAGUCAAGGUGGCAGGCAAGAUUGGCUAUCGUGUUUCUCGCAUUGCCAAGCAGUCUUUGGAGAGCUGGGCUGGCCGCGACGAUCCCACAGGUCGUGAAGGAGGUCCUGAAUCCCUUGUGAGUGCCUUCACAGAAGCUCCUUGUGGGCGAUGUCCAGUGUUUGAGAUAUGUGAAGAGGGUGGACCUGUAGGUCCCAGUAACUGUGAGUACUUCAAAAAAUGGCUUGGUGUUGAAUAG